CCCCACCCCCCCGCCGGCCGUCCCUGAGACUGGAGGCUCUGCGAGACCUCCCCAGAGAGGCUGCGCCCCGCCGCCCCGGACACCGGACACCGGACACCUUCGCGCAGCCCGCCCUCGCCGCCCGCGGCUCCCCGGGCCCAGGCGCUCCACGGUGUACAAGUAGUACCAUCAGGCAUUUCCUCAAAUUUGCAUCAAGAUGGAAACCUUUGGGCUCAGGGCGUCCUUUUGGCUGGCACUGGUGGGAUAUGUAAUCAGUGAUAACCCUGAGAGACACAGCACAAAUCUAAACAAUCAUGUGGACAACUUCACCACUUUCCACGGGACAGAGCUCCACUUUCUGGUCACCACGCAUCGACCCACUAACUUGGCCCUACCCAGCAAUGGCUCCCUGCACAGCUAUUGUCCACAGCAGACUAAAAUUACUGCAGCUUUCAAAUACAUUAACACCGUGAUAUCUUGUACUAUUUUCAUCGUGGGAAUGGUGGGGAAUGCAACUCUGCUCAGGAUCAUUUAUCAGAACAAGUGUAUGAGGAAUGGCCCCAACGCGCUGAUAGCCAGCCUUGCCCUUGGAGACCUUAUCUAUGUGGUCAUUGAUCUGCCUAUCAAUGUAUUUAAGGUAGGAAGUAACUACAAAGGCAUUUGCAGGUUUGAACACGUUCUCUGUCUUUUUCUGUCCAGGUAUAGAGCUGUUGCCUCCUGGAGUCGGGUUCAAGGAAUUGGGAUUCCCUUGAUUACUGCCAUUGAAAUUGUCUCCGUCUGGAUCCUCUCCUUUAUCCUGGCCAUCCCUGAAGCAAUCGGCUUUGUCAUGGUGCCCUUUGAAUACAGGGGUGCACAACACAAAACCUGUAUGCUCAAUGCCACAUCCAAGUUCAUGGUGUACUACCAGGACAUAAAGGACUGGUGGCUCUUCGGGUUCUACUUCUGCAUGCCCUUGGUGUGCACUGCAAUCUUCUACACCCUCACGACCUGCGAGAUGUUAAACCGGAGGAAUGGCAGCUUGAGAAUUGCCCUCAGUGAACAUCUUAAACAGGUAAAUCUAUCAUGCCUCUGUUGCUGCUGUCACCAGUCCAAAAGCCUGAUGACCUCAGUCCCCAUGAAUGGAACAAGCAUCCAGUGGAAAAACCAUGACCAAAACAACCACCACACGGAGAGGAGCAGCCAUAAGGACAGCAUUAACUAACAUCUAAUGAAGCAUCCAUCAACAUGCCUUCAAAUCCUGUUGGAGAAAAACACCAUCACACUGCAGCUGCGUCUCCGGAAACCUCUGGUCCUUCCUCCAUAACUCAGUAGCACCCCUGUGGGGAGCAAAAUGUUCCGAUGUGUUUCCAAAACAAUGGAGAGUGAAAUGUUUUAUACCCACAAAAUCCAUGAAUCUCACUUGUUUUUGUGUAAUUUACAUAGUUUGUAUGCUGUACGCAAGACUAAAAAUGGUGGGAAUUAGUGGAGAAUGGAGACCGUUAAAUGAAAUUAGAAGGAUUUUGCUACUUUUGCAUGAAAACAAUUUAAAAGUACAUGGCUAGCUUUCAUGACAGUUCUGUUGCAUGUUCCAUGGAACUGAUCACCACAGAAGUUUAGAGAUUAUGACAAGAUUUUGUUUUUGAAGUCCUUUUGGGGAGCAGCCAAACAUCAUAGGUUUAAAGUCACUUUUCUUUAAAAUGCCAUUCAGUGCCAGUAUUGUUUUAACCACAUACUAGCCUAUAAAUGAUUAUUUGAGCUAAUUUACACAUAUCUUAAUUAAAAAACAAUAUUCAGAUGAGCUAUUAGUCUGUUCCUUAUGUCACUGUUUUAUUUUUAAGAUAUAGACUCAAAACAGCAAAAGAAUAGCUACUCAAAACACAGACUGAUAACAUAUAGCAACUUAAUAGCUGCUAAUCAAAAAAUGUUGAAAGCCUAUAUUUUCUUUUUUCAUGAUGUAGUGGUAUAGAUCAUGAACAUAUUUUUGUGUUAAAUUCCAAAGUAAUGCUUGGAUGAAAUAGUUCUGUUUUUCACAAACCCAAUCUUUUUAAUGUAAAUUUUGAAGUAUAAAAACCAUGUUCAAAACUCAAAUUAAUGUGGCAUUUAACUAUGCCUGACACUUUCAGUGCAAUGUAUAGAAGUCUAAAGCACUUGUAAGUGAAAAAGAUUGGACAGAGGAUUUGGAAAUUUUCAUUGAGUUUUUGUAAUAGUACUAUAUAUAUACCUUUGUAUUCUUUUAGUUUUUAAAUUUCUCGUAACAAGUUAACUGGCUUUAAGACAUUUUUGGUCAUUCUUUUCUCUGAGAAAGCAGCAUAAUUUCAAAGUGGGCAGAUGAGUUUAUCAUGUCAGUGAGAUAUAGCUACUCUCACCAUUAAAUUUUGGUUCUUCACUCCUUUGGGUCUCUGGUAUGAACCUAAAUUCUCAUCUCACAUGAUCACAAUUUCAAAGGGCCCACAGUGACUUUUGCUGGGCAUUUUCCCAAAUGUUUACAGACCGAGUACAAAAAAAUGUUACUCUGUAUGUGUGUGUAUUUGUAAAUAUGUAUAUAAACAGCUGUAAAUUCCUUUUAACCAAUUUUUUGUGAUUGUCUCUAUGGAAUGUAUUUGUGUGUGUGAUAUAUGCACACGUGUGAAAGUAUGUAUGACUGAAUCUCAUAAUGCCCUGUGAUUGUGCCAAAGCACACACUCUGUGUAAAAUCUAGGUGACUGUUCAUUGCAAAAACUGCCUUGGUCACUUUUCACAUAUUAGGAUCUGCUGUGUUCAGAAAUCCUGUGACCAUGUUACCACUGCAAAUAAAACAUGGAAGCAGCAUGCAAGGGAAUGAGCCCUGUGUUCAUACAAUGCAGGGUUUUGUUUGGUUGGUUUGGCAAAGGAGUAUUUGGGGUCAUAUUGCUCCUUAUGCUGGAACAACAGACACUGCAUUUUAAAGUAUUAUAUUGUUCUAAUGUCAACUCAGUGUGGUGAUGAGAUUGACAAGUCACCUGAUGUUUCUAUCAAGCUUUGCCAGAUUACUGGUGAUAAUGAGCUGAGCUAAUUUAUUGGGUAGUAUUUUAGCACAAUCACGAGUGAAAUAUAUGAGCUUCCAGUUGCUUUCACUGCAGGGUUAAAGAAUACUGCUCCCUUGUCUCUUUGUCAGAUUCAAUUAUGCCACUGGUACAUCAUAUGCAGUGAUAUUUGCCUAUAAUAUAAGCCAUAGGUCCACACCAUUUUGUUUAGACAGUUGUCUUUUUUUUUAAGAUGCUUUGUUUCUUACAUAUAAAAAAAGCAUUGUAUAAAUUCAGAAAGUCAUACAUUUCUGAGUAACUACAUAAGCCUCCAUGUGCAUUUUGUUUAUGGACUGGUAAGUAACAAUGGUUUACUAGUAGGAAUAGUUCCAAUUUCUACCUUCACCACAUCUUUUCAACAAGUAACUUUGUAGAAAUGAGCCAUAAGCGAAGGCCCUGGGUUGACAGAGGCCCAUGAAUAUAAAAUAAAACUUUACAGAAGUUU